AUGGAGAUUUCAAAGCAUAUCGAAUGCCUCUCGAAAUGGCCCGAGCACUAUCCCAGCGGGGUCUGGAGCUUCUUGCGUGUGAUCCUGAGUUUAUUCGUCCUCCCGGGGAAAUCGCUCCGUUCUUUCGGUCCCCCUGGUAGCUGGGUCGUGGUCACUGGCGCAUCUGAUGGUCUCGGCAAGGAAUUUGCGCUGCAACUGGCCAAGGCCAGGUUCAACCUCGUGUUGGUCUCCCGUACCGAGUCAAAGCUGGUUGCCCUGUCAGAGGAGAUCACCAAGAAAUUCCCCAAUGUAGAAACUAAGGUCUUGGCCAUGGACUUCGCCCGCAACGCCGACGAGGACUACGCGGCCCUAAACAAGCUGGUUUCUGAGCUGGACAUUUCCAUCCUCAUUAACAACGUCGGCCAGAGUCACUCCAUUCCCGUCCCCUUCGCCUUGACCCCCGCCGAGGAGAUGAACAACAUCAUCACCAUCAACUGUACCGGAACCCUGCGCGUCACCCAGCUCAUUGUGCCCGGCAUGAUCCAGCGCCGCCGCGGUCUGAUUCUGACCAUGGGCUCGUUUGGCGGCCUCCUCCCAACUCCCCUCCUGGCCACGUACUCCGGCAGCAAGGCAUUCCUGCAGCAAUGGUCCACCUCUCUGGGCUCCGAACUAGCGCCCCACGGCGUCACCGUCGAGCUGGUCCAGGCCUACCUGAUCACCUCCGCGAUGUCGAAGAUCCGCCGCGCGUCAGCCACCAUCCCGACGCCGCGCGCAUUCGUGCGCUCCGUUCUGUCCAAGAUUGGGCGCAGCGGUGGAUCUUCCUCGUACGCAUAUACCUCCUCUCCUUACUGGAGCCACGGUGUCAUGGCCUGGUUCCUCACCUCGGUGACUGGAGUGAUGGGAUCGUUCGUUGUUUCCCAAAACAGGUCUUUCCAUGAAUCGAUCCGCAAGCGUGCGCUGCGCAAGGCAGAGCGUGAAGCGCAGAAGAAGAGCACUUAG